AUGUUGCCGGCAGUGUGGAGAAGCACGAGAUUGACGAAGCGAUUCCUUUGUAAUAAUGGCUGGUUAUCAGCUCACAAACUAUUUUAUUCAACAGAUAAUAACGAAAAGAUCAGGUCUGUCCGUAGAGAUGCUUUAAUGUCGCUGAACUACCACCUCGAUCACGUGGACAACGAUGUACCGGAAGCUGUCGUCAAACAUCCGGGUCUUUCCUACGCCGACUACGAUUCUAAUGGUCAGCCGAAGAUUUGGAUGAUAAUGAAAAUUUUGGAAUCUGUUAGGUUUUUCGCCCAUCACGUGCCAUUAGACAGUACCGGAAGGACGUUCAGGGACUAUGAACAAGUAACAAGGGAUUGUCUAAUCUUUCUUGUCACUUCGGAGUUCGUUCUUAGUAAGGAAAUUUACAAACCAUCCCAACUCACAACCUGGAUGAGGACCAGUAUCAAAGGAGGUUAUGUAGGAAAAUCGUCAUUGAAUUCCUUAACAGAAAUGAGAUCCGAAAAUGGUGAAAAAUUCUUGGCUUCCAAUAUCAAUCAUGUGGUGUGCGUGGGCAAGCAAAGUAGACGACCGAUGUCUUUCCCGUUGUGGUGGCGGGAAAAAUAUUCAGAAUCGGGUAAAAAACAUCAACCAUUAAAUUUAAAAAGGUUUGACAAACCUGACGGAGCGAGUGUUUAUAAUACCAAUAUAGCGUGGAGCGACACUGAUGCCAAUUUACACACAAACUGGACGUCAUACGCACGGUUCGCAGUGGAUGCUGCCCAUCAUUGUCAUCAAAAUGGCGCUUUGGAGAAUUUCGAGGAUAACUUUUCAAAUGGCAUUCAUAAAGUUCAAAUCUAUUUCUACGGAGAAAGCGUGCAGGGCGACAAACUGACCGUACACACGUGGCAGGAUAAAAGUGACCACCGUAUAUUAAUGAUGGAUAUAUACAACAAGGAAAAAUCUAUAUGUCAAAUUAAACUGUUCUUUCACUAAACACUAUCAAUAUUGUUUAAACAGUAAUAUAUUAUAUAGUCAAGUUUAUGUUGAUAUUCAACAAAACUACAAUAUAGUAUUAAAUAUUUUAACAGGCAUAAA